AUGAGUGGCGUCAUACUGAGCUGGCUAGUCCCACCUGGCGUAACUGUCAAUGGUGGCUACUACAGAGUUGUGAACGAGCUUCUUGAGGGCUACUCGUGGGAAUUCUUGGAACACCCGCCCUAUUCGCCCGAUCUCGCCCCAUGUAACUUCCACCUCUUACCCAAGGGAGAAAAAAUGCUGCAAGGUCGGCGAUUUGAGGACGAGGACCAGAUUCAAGAGGCUGUGAGUAAAUCACUCGGGACCUUGGACAAACGAUCACUGACCACUGUCUUUGACCGCAGGGUACAUCAAACGGAGAAAUGUCGGGAACUUGAUGGUUCCUACGUUGAAUAG